UGUAUCUACUCGGCAGGAUACAGAUCUCCGAGAUAUCCGAGGGGGUACGCAGAUAUGAUAGGUUUGGGUAUAUGCAGAUGUGUGUGCAGCAGCAGGUCCUUGUUGCCUGCUGCUCAUGCUCGUCACUCGUUAAUAGUUAGACUAAUCAAGAAACUUGAGUCACUCCUUUGUGCAACACGCUCUCGACAAGAGCCCGCGAGCGUGAUAACAUAGUACACGCGCCGACACCCCAAACACGAUAUCGUGUAGUCAGCUGACGUCGGUAGGGAAAGGUUCGGGAGGUAGGCACCGGAACACAAGGGCAGCAGCAGCGGGCGGUUUUUGCCCGCGCGCGCCAAGGAGAUCCAGGGAACAGGGUUUGGAAUACGAGGGCAGCAGCAGCAGGGCGGUUUUUGCCCGCGCGUGCCAAGGAGAUCCAGGGUAAGAGUUUGGAAUACAAGGGCAGCCGCGACAGGCGCGCCAAGGAGAUCCAGGGACAGCAUUUGGAAUACAAGGGCAGCAGCGGUAAGCGUGCCAAGGAGAUCCAGUUACGUGAACAAGAAUAAGUCUAGCUACAAGACACAGCAGUAGGAGAUACAUCGUGCCGCUUUUUUUUUUUUGCGGCGUAAUUAGGCGGAGGAAGAACAUGUGGGAGAAGUACUGGACGGAGAUGGAAUAUGGGCAUCUAAGGGAGAAGAACGAUGCACCGGCAGGAGCAAUGGCUGCCGGAAGAACGACUGCCGGGGCAGCUGGUGGAGCUGGGCUCGGUACACAACGGGUGAGCAUGAAAAAUGACGGAAAUUGUGCUUUGAGCGGUUACAGCAGCAGUCGCAACCCGCCCAAAAUCCCGACGAAUUCGACGAAGGCCGUGAGCUGGCUUCGGAGAAUGCGGAAUUUCCUGGCUGUCGAGGAUUUGGAGCGAACCCUUGACCACAUGCCAUCUACUGGUUAUGUCAACGUUAUCAGUUGUCUGGAUCGCACAUACCUGAACCAGACUCACGGUGCACAUCUGGUGGCAGCUCACCAGCGGGCGUGGGGGUACAUGUUGGAAGCAACCUGCGGCACGGACAUUGAAGAACGGUUGGGUGCUUGCGACUGCGUCCCUGAGGCGUGGAGCGUGAUCCACGAAUGGCUGUUGCCUACUCUUGACGCUGAGAAGACGUUGCUUGUGAGGCGACUUGAGACGAUUGAGAUGCAUCCCGGCGAGGACCCGAAACUCUUCUUCGCCAGAGUAGACGGAGUGAUCAACAUCAUGAAAGCUGUCGGCAUCGAAAAAUCUGAGCGGGCUAUCGUGCACAUCAUUGUCCGCCAGCUUGCGCACGAGUACGAUAUCGAACGCAAGUCCAUCCUGGCCGACCCCACCAUUUCCCGAGCGAAGGUGGAAAACGUUGUUCGCGCGGCAUACGCCAACAAGGUCAUGAUGAAGGAAUUGGGCAAAGCGCAGGCGGCACCGGCGGCAGCGGUGACGGUUGGUGGGCUUGGGUCCGGUCAUGGUGGCCACGGUCAGGGGGGACUACAACGGCGGUGGCGGCAACAGCGGGAGCAGCAGCAGUGGGUUCGUCCUCAGCCACCACCUGCACAUUACCCACCUCCUAACUUCCCGACGUGGGGAUCUGGGGGGCUCUAUGACUGUGGGCGCAACGCUGUGUACCCGCAAGAGGAGUCAGCUUCGCCGCAGGGUGCUCUGAUUGGUGUCGUUCAUCAGUGCGUGAGAUGCGGGAGGCAUGGACACUCACUUGGCGACUGCAAUGCGCCACGACGCUUUGAAGGCAACUGCACUGCCUGCGGUGAGUAUGGCCAUCGGCGCCGCAUGUGUUGCACAAUCGACCGCAUGCAACAGCACGUGCCCGUCGGUGACGGAGAGGGUCUCAACGCGAAUGGCAACGACGCUAUGCCGCACCAGCAGCGGAAGCGACGACGCUGGAGGAGGCAAAGGCAUCGACAGGAGGCGCUGCUCCCCGUGUUUGCAGCUGGCGCGAGCGGCGACCCCCGGCAGCAGAAUCUUCCCCGCGGCGGCGGCAGGGGAGACGGCCGGGGCGCAGGCACUCGCGGCGGGAGCAACGGCAUGGACGGCAGCACCGGCGGCGAGAGCGGCGACCGCCGGCAGCAGAGUCUUGCCCGCGGCGGCGGUGUGGGAGCCGGUUGGGACGCAGGGAAUUGCGGCUAAAGCGUCAGCAGCGCAAGAGCCGGAGGACGAGUGCGAUGAGGAUAGCUGUUGGUUGGGCCAUGGCGACGAAGGUGGCAACAGUAGCGACGGCAGCGGUGACGGCGGCAUCGGGGCGUUGUCCGCCGGUGCAAGGCAUCCCGGCGCCCAUCCGACCGUGAGCAAUGGCAUCUACGUCGUGCGGGACGAUGGGGGGUAAUGCCAGGAAGGGAGGAUCGAUCGUGGCAGAAGUGUGCGGCAUGAAGUGAGAGACUUGGUGAUCGGGAUCUCCAG